CUCGGGUGUGUGGACGGAAAGUUCAGCCGUGUCGUGUAUUAUGAGGUGUAGGCGGGAAUUCCCGGAUUGUUUUAGUGUCUUGUUUGACAGGUACAACAGACGCUGCACACCUGGUGAGUUGCGUGUAUACGAUGGUAGGGCAGCAUGAGAUAGUUCGUUGUUGGUAGCUUAAGUUAAGACUAACAUUACAUGGGUUCAUACUGUUAGUUUAGGUACAAACUAGCAUUAGCCGGAAUUCUCCCCUACGUGUAGCUUAAGCACUGACAAACAUUACCUUCCCUUAUCAUACUAGCAGCUAAAGUAAAGCUUGACCAAAAAAAAUCAAUUAAAAACUAUUUUUGUUAAAGACUGUCUAUGAAAGACGAGUUAAACGACAAAAAAAUGUAGAAAAUAAUUUACAAUUUUUUAAAAUGCAUUACGCAAAGAAAGACUGUGCACAAGUGCAGCUGUACACUCUAAUUAGCCAAAGGAUUCAAGCUGAAUGGGACGAAACUGAUUUGCUUUUCUUUUGUCUUAAUUGUUGAAAAUAUUUUCGGCAAAGGCUUUCUUUGCUUAUGGCAUUUUAAGAAAUUAUUUAUUGUUUUUAAUUCACCUUUUCGUUAGUUUGUUUUAACUCGACUUUUUUUACGUUGUUUUUAAUGUUUAAUUUAUAGUUUCAUACUUUUUAGUAUUGCUGUAAUCUUUAAAUCAUUGCCAAAAGUAGAAUUAUUCACUUUUUUUUUAAACAUAGUGCGCUUACAAAAUACCGGUUGAAGUGACUUAAAUCCUUAGCUGGGCAGAACACUGGGAAAAAGUAUAUCUGAUCUGUGCCCACCCAAACAAAAGGUCAAUCUCCGCGAAGCAGACGCGGUCAAGAACGAUAAUUCGAGCGACAGUGUCAAACCACCCAAGUGAACUCGGGAUUAUUUUUCAGCCGUUCACCAGGUGGACACUGCACGAGAAAUCUUAAAAAUGUCUCGUGUGUAAUCAAAAUAGCGCUCCUUACACACACAACGUGGAAAUUUGGAGUUAAAGAGAACGUCUUAUAUAAAGAUAAACCUGUGCUGGUCGCUUCAGUAAAGCCUGGCAUGACAUAGAAGGAAAAAAAAAAAGUUCGAUUUUGCCAGUUUUAGAUGGUCAAAACAAUUUUGGGAAAAAACUAUGCACAAGAAUUUGGGCCGGCAUUGUAUUGUAUUUAUAUUGUGGUUACUUUUUUUAAAAAAAGUGGUGGGUUUAGACACCCGAAAUUUUUAUAUACAGCUUGUAUUUAACAAUUUCUUUGGAUUGUAGAAUACACUUCCUGAAACAUGGAAAUAGCAAUAAUUACUUUCAUAGCUUCAUUACAGUCAAAAAUUAAAUCAAGAAGCACAUGUAGUCACGUUAAUAAGAGUUGAAGUAAAAGUGAUAUUUUCUAUGAGGUUUUUUUUUUCCAACAUGCUUGUUGAACUACACAAGGUUCGUGGAUUGUUCCAACAUCGUCUACCCGAGACUUGAACCAAACUGCGCUGUACCACACAGGGGCUUUCUGUAAUAUCACAUCUAAUUUCACCAUCAAGGCUCAUGGUUCUCUAAUCACGUGUACAUGGGUGUCAACAAUUAAACUAUCCUACCAGGCUGCAAGGAAAGAUUGUGAAGGUGAGCUUAAAAGACACAAAUUAUUUGUGUUUUUAAAAAAAAAACGGGGUUUGUGCUUCGUUAUUUUCAAAUAAAAUACCGAACGUUUCGGUGAAAAGCCUACUUAAACAGACAAAAAUUAAUAAAUAAUAUUUGUACAAUGGCCAUUUAAUGUGUCUAUGUAAUAGAGUUAGGGCCCCUUAUUUCUGUUGUUAUUGCGUCGUUAAGGCCCUUUGGGUGACACUGACAGCCCGUUCCCGGGUCCGGGCGCAGUCUGUCCAUCCUUGUAUCUUCAGGGACCUAGGAAAGCAACAUGAGUUCAAACCCUCCAAACGGGCUACAGACACACGGAAAUUGUGGUGAGUAAGUUGGGUAAACAUGUUAGGAGCAUGGGUUCAGUGAUCAUUAAUACAGCAGCCGUUAAAGGAUAGUAGAUAAUAAAGGUGUUAUCGAUGACGAAAACUUCAAAUCCCCGUUGAUGGUGGGUCUCCUAACAGACAGGCGUUUCGUUCCCCGUCACCACCAUAGUUCUAUUUGUGUGGUGUUUCACUUAGGGGCCAGGCGUGCCCAGUACCACUUUAGAAAUAAACGCUACUAGGAUUUGAGUGCGGUCGACAUCCGUGAGGGAAGCCUUCGCGUGGAGGUGACAGUAAAAAUCCCCCUGUCAGAAUCACGUUUGCGCACCAGGCGUGGCGAAGGAUGUCAUAAUGAUCCGAAGUAGGGAAUCCCCCGCUUACUAUGUAACUAGGAAAAUAUAUAAAAAAUAUAUAAGAUAUAUAAGAGAAAGAUUUAAAAAUUAUCUUGUUCCCCAAUCUGUACGAAUUUACCGGCGUGCUCCCUCUGAAGUCACACAUCUUCAUGAGAACGAGUAAGUCCCCUAUUUGGCUAAAAGAACUCACUGAAUAGCUGUUUGAGAUAAUUUAUUGUCUUGUCUUCAAAUUGAUUUAUUUAAGUGCUGAUAAUGUACAAUGCAAUCAAAAAACAUUGCCAUUUAUUUGGAUCAAUAAAAGAAUCUUAUCUUAUCUUAUCUUAGGUUUAAUUUGAAAGGAAUGUUUCAUUUUGGCGUUCCUGUGGUAACCAGAUAGUUUGCCCAUUGGGCGAAGCAUCUCACGGAUGCCGUUUCGCUGCAACACCCCUCUGGGCGAAGGGAAGGGUUCGUGAAUAGGUAGUCGGGCGGGGGGGGGGCGCAUAAGAUCUUUCCCUCGGUUCACUGAUGUCAUUCCUUACAAACGAUUUUCCGAUUUUGGUUGACACUGAUACAUACACACAACGUUGAAGAUAGUAGGUGCCGUGUUAUGCAUUGCCACAUACAGAUGUUCUAACCAUAAGUCGAAUAUCCUCUUUUCUUUUCCAGAUAGACGAGCUCACCUAUACACAGUCAAAAGAGAAGCAAAACUGCAACUGUUAAAAACUUAUUACAAUAGAGACGAUGAUGAUUUCUGGG